CCGCUUUAAUUUCGGACCAAAUAUUCGCGAGAUCAGGGUCCCAGAAGUCUUCCAACAGGAUCCAGAAGCCCAGGCUCUCUGGGCGACCCAGGGCCAGCCGCUUCUUCAUCCGGGCCUCAGUUUCUCUCAUCUGUAAAAUGGAGGUGGAGAGGUGAGAAAACGAACCCGGGAAAACGGAUUCUUGGUCUCUUUGUUAUCGGCAAUAUCGAUUUAGCCUCCUUGCCUCCUCCCCGAGGUUCCCAGGUAGCCACCCUGUCCCGUGCCUUCCCACUCUCUCUCUCUCCUUGAGAUUCGGGGUCCCCUUUCCACGCCCUCCAGGGUACAAUAGUAGAGCGGGAGGCGGGGCCCAGAGGCGCUCGAGGCCACACCUGCAGGCCUCUCAUUGGCUGCUUUUGAACGUCUGGGCCCGCCCCUCGGGGCGGGGACGCGGCGUCUUUAUAACGAUCCGGCUGCGGGGUUCGGAGCGUGCCUUCUACAACCGUCUCUGCCGCGCGGAGGUCUCCUCUUGCACGCCCAGCUCCCGCCUCCUCGCUCACCCCGACGCCAGAAUCAUGAAGGUCGCCAGUGGCAACGCCGCGGCCGCCGCGGGCCCCAGCUGCGCGCUCAAGGCCGGCAAGACGGCGGGCGAGGUGGUGCGCUGCCUGUCCGAGCAGAGCGUGGCCAUCUCCCGCUGCGCCGGCGGCCCCGGCGCGCGCCUGCCCGCCCUGCUGGACGAGCAGCAGGUCAACGUGCUGCUGUACGACAUGAACGGCUGCUACUCGCGCCUCAAGGAGCUGGUGCCCACCCUGCCCCAGAACCGCAAGGUGAGCAGGGUGGAGAUCCUCCAGCACGUCAUCGACUACAUCUGGGACCUGGAGCUAGAACUGAACUCGGAAUCUCAAGUCGGGACCCCCGGGGCCCGGGGGCUGCCCGCUCGGGCUCCGCUCAGCACCCUCAACGGCGAGAUCAGCGCCCUGGCUGCCGAGGCGGCGUGUGUCCCCGCGGACGACCGCAUCUUGUGUCGCUGAAGCGCGUGCUCCAGACCCCGCCGACCCCAGCCCUCCAGGGGCGAGAGGAACGAGUGCGCUCUGGCCCUCCCGAGCGCCUGCCGCAGCUGGGGAGGAACAGGACAGACCAGCGGCCUCCGGGCGCCUGUGGAUCCAGCCCCGGGCUGGGGGACUGACGGGACAGGCCGAUCUUCCCUCCACAGCUAUCAGCCACCAGAGACUUGGGGGAGUUUCCCCCCCGUGUGUUUCUAUUUUUUGAAAAGCAGACAUUUUAAAAAAUGGUCACGUUUGGUGCUUCUCAGAUUUCUGAGGAAAUUAUUGCUUUGUAUUGUAUAUUACAAUGAUCACCGACUGAGAAUAUUGUUUUACAAUAGUUCUGUGGGGUUGUUUUUUUUUUUCUGUUGUUAUUAAACAAAUACUUUAGAUGAUGGUAAA